AUGUGGCUGGCGACUUUAUUGCUUGCACUGGCUGCUUUCCAGACUUACCUGUUCUCAUCGGUUAUACGAUGCAGUAUGUACAUAUCGAAACCCGGCGAGAGUGAUGAGAGCACAGCCACGUCACAGAAACAGCCGAAGAGAGCCGCUCACGUUCAGUGGAGUACCCAAAAUCCAAGCGUGGCUCAAGUAGACGAAACGACGACAACUCCACGACCUCUGGAAUGGGCUACGGGGAAGCCAAUUCAAUCAGAGUCAGUCGAUGAGUCAAGAGGGCAAAGCCCAUCUAGAGCUUCACAGCAAAGACGCCGAUCGGAUACCUCGCGAAAGGUACCUUGC